CAGCUAUGUGUAAACACGACCCGUCUAACAUGUACAAGGUGUUUGCACUGAUGAUAGCUUUGGCUGACUGGAAUGUAUAUUUAGUGUAAACAUUUUUCCGUUGAUAUAUCGUCAUAUGGUUGAUUCGCCGAAGAGAGAGAAAAAAGGACUAAUUAGAGAUGAAUAAAAAACAUUCCAAUUGCUACAAGUUUUUGUCUCGGAAUGGCCUUAUUGUCAGUGUGUUGGUCGGUGUGGCGGUGGGAUUUGCUUUUGGGUUUGGUCUGAGAGAUUUGGAACCUUCCGCCGAUGCAAUCACGUGGAUAGGAAUUCCGGGAGAAAUAUACAUGCGAUUGCUGAAAAUGACCAUUCUUCCAUUAGUUGUUUCAACUAUCAUCACGGGAACAGCCUCCAUGGAUCCGAGGUCCAACGGUCGGAUAAGCGCUCUAUCCUUUGGUUAUAUCGUAAUCACGAACACAAUAGGUGCUGUCAUCGCCAUAGUAGUCUUCUUGAUUAUUCAGCCAGGUAAAGAUGUGACGAUUUCCGGGUCAGAGUAUGGCGGAACUGUACAGACAGACAUUGAGACCAGCGAUAUGUUUGCUGACAUGGUCAGAAAUUUGUUUCCAGAUAAUUUAGUUACAGCUUGUUUCCAGAAGACUCAGACAAAAUACUCUAGAGAUAUCCGCAUCGUCAUGGUGAACGGUACCAAUAGCUCUAUCCCAGUCAUACACAAAUCAGUUUCCUCCACUAGUGGUCUAAAUAUACUGGGACUUAUUAUUGCUUGUACUUUGUUUGGAAUUACCGCAAGCAAGUUGGGGAAACGGGCAGAGGCUUUCACCGAUUUUUUUGAAACCAUAUCUGUCAUAGUCAUUCAUCUCUUAAACUGGAUUAUUUGGAUAACACCUGUUGGAGUUGCUAGUCUGAUUGCUGCAGCACUACUGAAUGCAUCUGACAUUGUCAAUGUCUUCAGUAGUCUGGGGAUGUUUGUCUUGGCGCAUUCCCUCGGAAUCGUUUUUCAUCAGUUGGUCCUUAUUCCGAUCACCUAUUUCAUAGUAACCAGGAAGAACCCGUUCUACUUUCUCGGCUUUUGUCUCCGACCAUGGUUAACUGUCUUUGGACCACCAAGCACGGCGAUCGGCAUACCAGAAAUGUUGAAAACCCUUGAUGAAAAACUACAUGUGGACACCAGAAUUUCCAAUUUUCUUGUACCUGUUGGGGCUACCCUGGAACGUUUAGGGAGCUGUAUAUUCAUCUGUCUAUCGGCUAUGUUUCUCGUUCAGCUGGAAGGAAUAUCACUGGGUGCAACUAAAAUACUUUUCAUUGGUCUGUUGUCAGCCGUGGGCUCCCUAGCCGUUCCCUCCGUCCCCAGUGCCAGUAUCGUCUCUGUUCUAGUAGUUUUGUCCUCACUGGACGUUCAAGUCAACAAUAUAGGUCUGCUGAUGGCCUUGGAAUGGUACAAUGACCGUAUCCGGACUACAAGUAACACAAUGACCAUCAUUAUUGGGGCUGUAGUUAUUGAACGAUUGUGCAGAUCUAGCCUGAAGUCAGCCGAGGACCCCAUUCCUGACGAAAAACCUACACCCGAUCCUGAGGUCAAUGUACAAGAGGGGAAUGGAAUCAGUUCCACAAAGAUUUAAAAAAUGUUUUAAGAUUUAAAAGACAUAUUGAAGCAAGUGUUUGUUCGCAAUGGAAAUCAUUGUCUUUCAUUUUAAUAAGAUACUUAUACAUCUAGUCUUUUAUAUCAUUGUAUAUUGGUAACAUACAUGCAAAACAAUGUACACGUAUGUAUCUA